UCGUAUAAACCGGCUUAAUCAAUAAUUUCAUAACUGUUGAACCAUAAACUACUAAUUUAUCCGAUUCAGCGCUCUCUCCUAUUCUAAAACAUAGAUGUUACGCCAUAAUCCUCUGAUUAAUUGCAUAGUAAACAUUAAACAACCCGGCCAAAUUAACCCUAGCAACAAUCCGUUAUUAUCUGCCACGCUUGAUUUGGGCUCACAAAUAAAGAGGCCCAGUGUAACAAAAGCAGAGGUCAGCCCAGGCCCAGGGGUAAGCGAUCAGAAAAGAAGAGUCAAGCCCACAGAAGUGUACGUCAACGUCAACGUCAGCGCCAACUAAUGUGGCCGAUGAAAAAGAAAAGAACGGGGAAACAAAUCAGAUCCAUAAACAGCCCAUUUUCUCCGAGAGUUCUCCGGGGCGACUUCCUGCUCCUUCUUCUUCUUCUUCUUCCACUCAGCUCUUGUCAUCUUCCUCAAAAGAUUUGGCUCCUCAAACUGCAGGUAUGUCAUCGUCUAUAGCGAAUUGGACCUUUUCCUUUGCGGCGUUCUUUCGUAUCAAUCGCGAUUGCUUACUUUGAAUCAUCGAUCGAUGCAGCGAGAUAUGGAAUCCUCGUCUUCUUCUUCUUCUACGCCGCCGUAUGUUGCUCUUCCAGCAGGGGAUUACGAGGUUUUCCUGAGCUUCAGGGGUCCCGACGUCCGCAACGGAUUUGCCGAUCAUCUCUACACCUCCUUAGCGCGUGCCAAGAUUCGCACAUUCAUGGACGAGGAAGAGCUCCAGAAGGGAGAAGGGAUCGCUCCUUCACUAGUCCGGGCCAUCCCGGAAUCGAAGAUCUACAUCCCCAUUUUGUCCGAGCGGUAUGCUUCCAGCAAAUGGUGCCUCCUAGAACUGGCUCAAAUGGUGGACUGCUGGAAGCAAGGGAAGGGGCAUCUCAUCCUACCCAUUUUCUACUUGGUGAAACCCAGAGAUGUACGGCAUCAGGAGGGUCCUUAUCAUCAAGCCUUUGAACAGCAGCACGCCCACAAACAUAGCCCACAGACCGUGAAGGAAUGGAAGGAAGCACUUCGAGAGGUCGGGCAAUUGAAAGGAUGGCACAUUACAGAAUCCCGCGGCGAGGGGGCAAUUGUUGACGAGGUUCUUUCAAAAGUUGAGUCGCAUUUGAGGAGCAUGUACGCAUUAGUGACCGACGAGCUGGUGGGGAUCGAUACUCCCAUGGAAGAAGUGAUGAAAUUGUUGAAUUUAGAGUCAUCCAAAGAGAGAGUUAUCCUUGGCAUUCACGGCAUGGGUGGUCUAGGUAAGACCACUUUAUCCAAAGCUGUAUACAAUAAGAUUUGUGCUCAAUUUGAUCGUUGUUGUUAUCUCGAAGAUGCACGGGAAGUUUUAGCAAAGAGUGAUGGAGUUGUAUCUCUACAGAAUAAGGUCAUCUCGACCAUAUUGGAAAGUGAUCAUCAUGUUCAAAAUGCUAGCGAAGGAAUCAACAUGAUUAAAAAUAGGGUUUGCAAACACAAAUUGCUUCUUGUGGUUGACGAUAUAGAUGACAAGUUCGAAUUUAAUAAGAUUCUAGGAAAAUUAGGCGAUUUUUCCUCGGGUAGUAGAUUUAUAUUGACAACUAGAUAUACAAGGGUUUUAGAUUUUAUUUUAGAUUGCAAAUUGUAUGAACCACGAGAAAUGAGUCAUCAUCAUUCGCUACAACUUUUUAGCAAACAUGCUUUUGGGAUGAACAAUCCUCCAGAGGAAGAUGCAGGUAUAUCUAAGGAAUUUGUAAAAGUUGCUACUGGACUUCCUUUAGCUCUCAAGGUGAUAGGAUCACUUUUGUAUCGUAGAAAGAAGAAAUUUUGGGAAGAAAAGUUGAAAGAAUUACAAAGCAUACCUUCUUCCGAAAAUAUGUUGCAGGAGAGAUUGAAGGUUAGCUACACCGACUUGUCGCACAAUGAAAAACAAAUAUUUCUUGACAUUGCAUGUUUCUUUGCCGGUAGCCACAAAGAUAUACCUUACUACAUGUGGAGUGGUUGUGAUUUUUAUCCAGAAAGUGGGAUCACUAAUCUUAUCAACAGAUCUUUGCUAAAACUUGAUAAGAGAAACCAAUUUUGGAUGCACGAUCUCAUCAAAGAUCUUGGGAGAGCCAUUGUUAGAGAAGAUGUUCGAAAUCCAUACAAUCGUAGCCGGAUAUGGUCUACCGACGAUGCCCUCGACAUGUUAAGAAAUAGAGAGGGAAGUGAAAGGGUGGAAGUUGUUCGGAUAGAUGUGAAAUUUACCAAUGAUCAUGACAAGCUGCUUACAAGUAAGGAAUUUGAAAAAUUAUCAGGGUUAAGAUAUUUGGAGGUGCGAUAUGGACGCAUGAUGGGAGAUUUCAGCCAAGUUCUUCCAAAUAUAUGUUGCCUUCGAUUGUAUAAAUGUGGAUCUAUCCCAACUAAUGUUAACACGAAGAAACUAACGGUACUUGAUAUGGAGGGUUCCAAUGUGAUGGAUGACUGGAAGGGUUGGAGUGGAAUGAAGGCGACAGCGAAGCUGAAAGCUGUAAAUAUAAGGAACUGUGAGCUGACAAGAUCUCCCGACUUGUCGACAUGCACAAGCCUCGAGUUCAUAAACUUUACGGGUUGUUCCAAAGUGAAAGGACAAAUUCGCAUAGGCAAAUUCAAGAAUCUGCAGAAGCUGAUACUCACAGGAAUCGACAUAACAGAGUUAAUCAUUAGGGGUGGUGGCAUUGGACAGCUUCGACGAUUGGAGGAGAUGGAUUUGAGCUGGACCAAUUUGAGAGAAUUGCCUAAUGGGAUGGAAAAUUUGUCCUCUCUCAAAAUCCUGUCGUUAGGAUCAGCAGACUGUAUGGAGAUACCCAGGCUUCCCACGAGUUUGAAGAGGUUAUCCGUCUCAUAUUCAUCGAGGGUCCCAAAUCUUGUAGAGCUCAAUGAGCUGGAAUUCCUGUGCUACCUACGGGCUGAUAAUCCUUGGAUCCCCGGUGACUUAUGGCGGCUUCCCAAUUUGAAGGAAUUGAGACUGAAGCACUCCCGUUGCGAUGGUCCACUGCUGCAGGAUGAUCAGGAUCAGGAGGCAACUUCCCCUGCUGCUGCUGCUGCUGCUGCUCUGCCAACAUCUUUAACCAGCCUUCAUGUGGAAUACUGCCUGCAUUUGAGUGAACUCCCCAGCCUAUCAAAUCUGUGCAAUCUGACACGACUCCAACUCUGGUGUGUCGGGGUGGCUGAGAUCAGGGGCUUGGGAGAGCUGAGCACGCUGGAGACUUUGGCGAUCAAUUCAUUGAAUCUGAACAACCUCAACGGACUUGAGAAUCUGCUCCUGCUCAGGACCUUGACCUUGAGUAACGCCACGCUGGAGAGACUGCCGAGUUUAGUGAAUUUGAGCAAGUUGAAGGAUCUGGAGGUCUGCGACUGUCCGAAUCUUGUUGAAAUACAAGGCCUGGCCGGCGUGGGGGAGUCUUUAACCCGUCUGAAAAUCAGCAGAUGUCCCCGCCUAGCAGACUUGGAUGGACUUCAACAUCUGGUAGCAUUGGUGGAAUUGAUAUUUUACGAACAGUCGUUUCGUGGGAUACAGACUCUUAAUCUCUCCGGUCUCUUCAGUCUGAAACAGUUGAACAUCCGCAGGUGGCGAGAGUUGCUGGUGGUUAAAGGAUUGGAUAGAUUGGUGUGGUUAGAAAGGCUUACUAUGGAGGGCUGCACUUCCAUCCGACAGCUGCCUGACCUGUCUGAGCUCGGGAAUCUCAAGGAACUACACCUCAGUGGUUGCCAAAGCUUGAUUCAUCUCGUGGGGAUCCAAAGAUUGGAAUCAUUACAGCGGCUACUGCUCCCGCGGUGUAGUUCGAUUACCAACCUGCCAAACUUAUCCGGUCUCAGGAAUUUGGAGACUUUGGACCUCCAGAGGUGCGUAGAGUUGACCGAGGUCGAGGGGGUCGAGGGAUUGGAGUCGUUGAGGUGGCUGCUGCUGUCGGAGUGUCGUUCGGUUACAAAGCUGACGAACUUAUCCAGCCUCAAGAGUUUGGAGACUUUGCAUCUUUCGGAAUGUGUGAACUUGACCGAGGUCGAAGGGGUCGAGGGGCUGGAGUCGUUAACAAGGCUGCAACUGUAUAAUUGCAGGUCGAUAACGGAGUUGGGAAAUCUGUCUGGUCUCGAGAAGUUGGAGGAGCUUAAUAUAAUGGGGUGCACGAAGCUGAUGGAGGUCAAUGGACUCGAUGAGCUGGAGAAGUUACGGUACCUGGAAAUGGGGAGAAAGAUGAGAGUGAAGUAUUUGGCCAAAUCUGCUGCUAGAUAUGGCUUGAGACUAGCUGGCGGUGCACCAGUCGUUGGUCGCUUAGUAUCGUGGGGUGCACGAAGUUGAUCGAGGUCGACCGGACUUGAUGAGCUGUGGGAGUUAUGGAACCUAGAAAUGGGGAAAAGGAUGAGAGUGAAGUAAUUGGCCAAAUCUGCUGCUAGGUAUGGCAAAAGACUAGCAGCUGCACUGGUCGUUGGUCGCUCACCAACUGCUGCUGGGACUACUUCUUCCAGCUAACUACCCCUCUCUCGCUGUCCGCCGUCUUUUUUCUCUGCAACUAAAACAGCAUCAUCUCUCCAUAACCAGCUGGCUGGCGCGAAUAUACCGAUUGCACUCACCAGCUCUGCAAUUGGUGAAGAUAUCUGACCGCAUUAAGAGAGAUGCUCGCUCGGGAAGGCUGAUCAGUUCAUGUCCUUAAUUCGCAUGACAUUAUGGGACAGUGUUUACUAUCCUUGGAAUAGCAUAGCACUUCUUUGUAAAAUCAGCCUAUUGGUCUCUCCUUCCAAGUUCCAAUACGUACACUCGGAGGUUGAAGGGCGGAGCUAAUGUUGGGCUCACACAUUAGAGGCCCAGUUUAAUAAAAGCAGAGUCAAACCUCAGUCAAGCCCACAAAAGUCUGGUCAUCGUCAACGUCAACCUCUGCGCUAGUAACUAGGGUUGGGAAAAUAGACCUCGUUAGAAAAACUGUGGUCCAAAUUGUACCGCACAGUUUGCUCCGGACCGUAGACCGUGAAGUAUGGUCUGGUCUGGUCCAUGGUCUGUAUUAUUUUAUGAUUUGAUCUCUUGGUCUUCUCUAGAUCGCGGUUUACCGGACCAAACCGUGGACUCAACUGACUUGUCAAUACGUGUUAACAGCUCAUUCGACCACUCUCCAAACUCCCACAACGACACCCAAGUCUCAACCUUAAUUUUGUGAAUCUCUUCUCUCCUUCAUUCACAACCGCAUUUAACCAGAGAGUAGAGAUAAUAGUGUCUCCAUAUUACAUUAUGUUAAUGUUUAUGACGUUAUGGUGCAAGUUGGGGUGUUUUUACUUUGUAUCUUUGUUAUGUACUAGGAUUUAGAGUAUCAAAAUUAUUCAUGCAUGUUAGGAUUAAUGUUUUAAGGCAAAUAACAAUUAUUUUUCUUGGUUAUUGGUUCAAUUUUUUGUGUGGUUGACUAAACAAAUUAUUCAUUUUUCAUUGAGUGUGGUCUAUCUGGACCAGACCAGACCGAACCAGAUCGCACAGGCGUGGUCUGGACCGGACCGUAUAGUCUGUGGUCUAUAUUUUAGCCUCUCGGUCUGGACCAUAGACCGUAUAUAUGGUCUGGUCUGGACCAGACUGCACCGUUUCCCAACCCUACUAGCAACUGGUCAAAGUCUGUCCCCACGCAACUUCUUGCUUCCUUCUAUCAUCAACUUCCUGUGAACUUCCCGAAGUCCAACCCCAGUCCGCCACGCUGUUGAAAACCCGAGCUUGCAGCUAACUGAGCUCCUGAUCCCAAUCCUCUACAUCAUCGUCAUCAAGUAUCCUGUUCUAUUUCGCGUCUUCGAAACAUUUAGAUCUCGUUGUAGAAGAUCUUGCUUGCAUAUCAAUCUUUUGAUUUGUCAAAUGGCCUCUUCGUGCUGAUUUACUUUGAAUCUACUGAUCCAUCCAUGGGAAAAGAAAAAUGGAAUCCUCCGUUGCCGCUUCUUCUUCUACUCCGACGACUGUUGUUCUUCCAUCUGGAGAUUACGAGGUUUUCAUGAGCUCCGGAAAUAUGCUUUUGUAACACAAUGAUUGCCACAAAAGAAUAUCAUUCGUGACAAUCAUAUUCAUCACCGAAACUGAAUUUUAGUGCACAAUAAUUAUCCUCUGUGAUGAAAAACCUGUCAUUAAUGGAUGCACUUUGUAAUGUCCCUGUCGACAAUCUAAGUCACCAAAACAGGCAAAUGCUACAAUUUCAUUGUCACAUAAUUCAAUCAUUCGUGACAAAUCAAUUCAUCACUGAUACUACACUCGUCACAAAAGGCCUACCCAUGAUAACUAUAUGUGACCAUUAAACAUGUCAUCGUUAU